UGAGUCGCGGACCAACCUUUUCCGGUUGUGGCCGGAAGUCUCUGGAGAGGGGCGGCUCCGCGUGACCCGAGUCCGCGUAGGAGGGGUCGAAGGUCUCGUCCCAAAGGCUGACGAGGCGGGAGAACUGGCUGGUAGGCCGAGAAACUGGUGGGCUGGAGCGGCGUCGGCGGCGUUCCGUCAGCGGAGGAAGAUAUUCUGUCGACAGUAGCCAGGGGAGGUUACUCAUCUCUGCCAUCCCAUCCUCAUGUGGUGAGGUACCUGUGCAUGGAGUUAGAGAAGAGGAUUUUCCUGGAGAGAAUCUUCACUCAGAGAUUUGCUGAUAGCCAAGGAUGGCAAGCAAGGGGCCCUCAGCCUCCGCAUCCCCUGAGAACUCCAGUGCAGGAGGACCCAGUGGGAGCAGCAAUGGCAGCGGCGAGAGUGGAGGGCAGGACAGCACCUUCGAGUGCAACAUAUGCCUGGACACAGCCAAGGACGCUGUCAUCAGCCUGUGUGGCCACCUCUUCUGUUGGCCGUGUUUACAUCAGUGGUUGGAGACCAGACCUAACAGACAGGUGUGUCCAGUUUGCAAAGCUGGCAUCAGCCGAGACAAGGUGAUCCCACUCUACGGCAGGGGAAGCACUGGGCAGCAAGACCCCAGAGAGAAGACACCUCCUCGUCCUCAAGGCCAGAGGCCAGAGCCAGAGAAUAGAGGGGGAUUUCAAGGAUUUGGAUUUGGAGAUGGUGGCUUCCAGAUGUCUUUUGGAAUUGGGGCAUUUCCCUUUGGUAUAUUUGCCACAGCAUUUAACAUAAAUGAUGGGCGGCCUCCUCCAGCUGUCCCUGGGACACCUCAGUAUGCAGAUGAGCAGUUCCUGUCACGCCUCUUCCUGUUUGUGGCCCUCGUGAUCAUGUUCUGGCUCCUGAUCGCCUAAUACUGGGCUUCUCUCUGCACCUGCAGCAGAGUCUCUGGACUGGUGAUGUGCAACCCGCGAGCCUGGUAUUUGGCUUCCUGGAUAAUUCUGACCAUAGCAGUCAGUGGGGUCAAUAACACUUCAAGGAGUCCAGUUUCUCCUGUAGAGCUUUGGAACUCAACAAUGAGUUGGUGAGGAGCCCCAACUAUCGCCACUACUGUAAACACCCUUCUGUAACCUCAUGCUCUGGUGUUGAGUUCUCUGUCAUGGAUGGCAGCAUGAAUCCUGUUCCAGCCAGUUCAGGUCCUGACUGCACAGGAAGGAGGUGGGAAGAAAAUUUCACCUGAGUUUUAUAUCACAGAAACAAAGGAUAAACCAAGUGGUAUUUACAGAAACUUACUUUCAUGUCUUUAAAUACCCCUUGGUAACUGGCCUCUGUAGCCAGUGGGGCUCCUCAUACAGAGCUUCCCCUUCCAGAUCCCCUGUCUUCACUGUCACAUUGUUCCACAUAUUUUUUGUCUUGCCUCCUGUUAUUUAGGUUUUGGCAAGCUUUUUAGUGUAGAGGAUUCUAUUGUAAAGAAAUGAAGUGCUGCUCUGUCCUCUUUCCUCCCCUCCUCUUAACAGAGACCCAAAAUAUUGCUAUCCCAGGAAGAUCAUUAAUUACAGCAGCUAAGCCACUUCAUUAAUUCACCAGAGACCCAAAGAUCGUUUAUUGGCUCUGGGCCUUGGUCCCGGAGAGCAGCUUGAAUGACCUGGUUUCCUGGUAUAGAUUAUCUUUGGUAAGACUUGUGACUUCACUCACAGAUUUCCUAUCAGCUUUCACCUCAAAACUAUGUUCAUCUGCCAUCUCCCCCAGAGGGCAACUGUCAUAGCGACUGCCUGCUGUGCAUUAGGAAAGAUCUGGAUUUGGGCCCUCAGUGGGAUUCAGAGCUCUGGUACAGGAACAGCUGAACAAGUAGCCCUGUCCCUUACGCUGCAGAAACUCUUGAAUUUCUUGCCCAGAGGAAGCUGGAGGUUUCCCAGCUGCAUGUGGAAGACCACCAUCCUCAGAAGCCAAGUUGUCUAUUAUGAAGACACAGGGGGAUGACUCACCUGUGACUCUGCUUUUGGUAUGGUUUGAUAGAGUCCCCCCAAAACCCCUUGUAUGUGUGCUAAAAUUGGGGAAGUGUGUGACACCUGAGCAGGCAACCCUGGAUAGUUUGUAAAGUCAGACAGCAGGCCCGGUACACCUCAGCACAAUAAUACGUUGUAGUCUCACUUCCUGUGUAAUUCAAGGGAAGUUAUUCCUCCCAAGCUCUUGAUUUCUUUUUCGAUUUUAUAAGCUUCAUCCUCACUGCAAGAGUGUAGUGCCAGGCGGAUAGACAGUUCACCUGGUGGGAAGGUUCUUGCUUGGCCUGCAAGGCUUCACCCUAGAAGCCCACUUUCUUCCUGGAGACCUCCAUGGUGAGGGGAGAUGGACUUCUGCUAGGGAUGUCUUGCUCACUUUGCCAAUCCACACCAUUCCUGGCUCAUCCCCAGCAUAGUCAAUAAAUAAUAGAAGGCCCCAGCUUUCCCUUUUCCUUUGUACCUGCUAAUACCAGAGUUCAGUGUUUAAAAAAUAUAUAAAGUAUUGAAUAGGUGGUUGGUUUGCUGAAUCCAAUUUGUAAGAAUAAGCCACCAGCUUUAUAGUGUGCCUGAUGGAUUUUAAACGUUGGGCCACCUCAAGAGUACUUUUUUUUUUUGGCACCGGGGAUCAAACUCGGGACCUUGUGUUUUUUGAGGCAGGCAGCGGAACCAGUGAGAUAAAUCCCCGUCCCCUAGAGUACUCUUUUUAUCAGCUUCUGGGCCCAAAGUCACAGAGGCCCCCUGGAUUGUCUUGGCUGUGAUGUUACUCCAGCUCAGUGGCCCAACUAGUGGAGGGAGAGUUAACUUCAGCCAGUUGAGCCCAGAAAGACUAAGAAAGAGUUGUGGGUAGGAAGACAUAUCAUUUGUAAUAUU